GUGACACAUAUUCAAAAGUGCAAGUGAUUUUUCUUGUGUUUUUUUGGUGAUACAUACAUAUACAUAUAUAUCAAAUUGCACAAAAUCCAAUUUUGCUUGUGAUAUACACAGUUGCCCGCGACGUGUGUUCAAAAGAAAAACAUUUAAGCUCCAGCUAUUAAUUAAUCGUGCCGGUCGCGAAAUUAAAUACCCUAAUUCGACGUUUCUGCCACCGACGAGGGAUGCCCUGCGAUUGUUCAAGUUGCAAAAGGAAAGUGGCAGCAGGAUUGAAAGAUCCAAACGAAGAACCAAAGGUUCGUUGGGCGCCGAGGAUGCCCUCGCACAGUCCACUGCGACAACGCGACGAACUUCGUCGGAGCCAGUCGCCACUUCCAGGGCCUUCGGAAGCGCAUCGAGGAGGAAGCAGACGCCAUACGCGAAUUCGCGUCAAGAAGCGGAUGCGAGUUUGCAUUCACACCGCCUCGGGCUCCGCACAUGGGCGGGCUUUGGGAGGCAGGUGUGAAAACUGCAAAGCACCUACUCCUACGAGCGGUGGGCAGCGCGCUCCUAACCGCAGAAGAGCUGGAGACGGUGCUCGUCGGGAUCGAGGCGGCGAUGAACUCCCGGCCGCUAGGCGCGCUAUCCAACGAUCCCAGCGACGGAGAAGCGCUAACACCAGGGCACCUGCUGACAGGCGGGCCGCUAUUCCCCAUCCCAGCACUCCGGACCCCGGACCAGGCGGGUCUCAGUUGCUUGCGGCGAUGGCAACUUGUCUCACCGCUGGCUCGGGAACUCGGGGAAUUGUGUCAAGUGCAGCCGGAGUUAAAGUGGUCCAGACCACGCCUUCGUGA